CUAUACUUCUGAAUUCUGAUCAAAAUUUUUGAAUUUUAAUGUGCUCUGAUUAUGACUAGUUAUGUGUUUUAGAUGAAGAACUAUUAAAUAUUAAAUCGUAAAAAGCAAUAUACAUUAUAAUGAACACAACAAUCCUUUACAAUAUAAUCCUUGUUAUGGAGUUGUCAUAACUUCGUAGUUAACUUAAUAUUAACUUUACAAUAUGAGAAAACAUUAUACAAAACUAUUUUUGUUCUUGUGUUUGUGUUCUAUAAUCUUGAUUUUUUAUGCAACAAAUAUAUUUAAAUAUUCUUUAACUGCAUAUAAGAAUAAUGCAACUAUCCGCUCAAAUUAUAGGGAUAAUGUCUAUUAUGUUACAAAAAAUGUUGAUAGAGUGGUAAUAUCAUUUGUUGUUUGCGAUUCAAGGUUCAAUGAAUCAUUAAAUUUAAUAAAAUCUAGUCUACUUUUCUCAAGUUCACCCUUAUACUUUAUAAUAUUUGCUGAUGACAAGUUAAGAAAUAACUUUAGCAUAACUUUAAAUAAAUGGAAGAAAAUACUUGGUGAUAACUUAAAAUUUGAGAUUCAGAGGAUAGUGUUUCCAGAGGAACACAAAGAGGAAUGGAUGAAUUUAUUUAGCAAAUGUGCAGCUCAGAGAUUGUUCAUACCUAAACUCAUCCCACAUGUAGAUGCUAUGCUGUAUGUGGACACAGAUACUAUAUUUCUUGGUCCCGCUGAACAGGUGUGGGAUUUGUUUUCACUGUUUGAUGCAUCUCAGAUAUCUGCUAUGUCACUUGAAGAUGAUAAUCCUAAUGUCUCAUGGUAUCCUCGGUUUGCAAAACACCCUUUCUAUGGAAAAUAUGGUCUUAACUCUGGAGUAAUGUUAAUGAAUUUGACAAGGAUGCGAGAAUUUGCAUGGGUUGAUUAUGUGACACCAAUUAUGUUGAAAUAUAAGCUUUACAUUCCUUGGGGUGAUCAGGAUAUCAUUAAUAUAAUUUUUCACUAUCACGAAAAGGCGGUUUAUCUUUUGUCAUGUAGAUAUAACUACCGGACCGAUCAGUGUAUGUAUGGUGAUGCCUGUGCCGAUGCCACAAAUAGGGGAGUUUUCAUAUUACAUGGCAGUCGGAGAGCAUUCCAUAAUCAUAAGCAGCCUGCCUUUGAGGCCAUAUAUAGAGCCAUAGAUGAAUAUGAGGUUGGGGGUGAUCCCAGCGAGGUAUUGAGGAAUAUGGAAAAAUAUCUAGACGCGGCGCCAGAGUCGAAUUGUGGAAACCAAAAAAACGGUUUGUUAAAAUUACCCAGACAUAUAUUAAAUAAUAUGUACGUAAAACCCAACAGAUAAGUAUUCAUUAUGUUUCUGAUUAAUACAUAUAUGAUUGUGAUGUAGUAAACAAGAUAUUUAAUCUAUAUUACCCCAUACCACCAAAAACUAUGUUUUAAUAAAAUACAAUAUAACCUUACUGAAUGUCUGAAUCUCGAAAAUUUUGUAUUAUUUGUGUGUCCCUUGCGCAUAUGAAUGUUAUUUCAUAAGUAAUUUACGAUUGAAUAAGAUUAAAUGUAAGAUGUGUUAUCGGUUAUCCCUUCUCGGUAUUCCAAGAUUAGAUUCUUCUUUUUUUAUUUGAAUAAUUUUGACGUAAUUUAUUGUUAUAAUAAUACCAGUUUAUUUACACCAGUGUUUCUAAGCCAAACAAACUGAGAUUUUAUUAUAAGGUAUCAUAACACUUUGCAAGUAUUUCAUAGAUGAAAAAAAACUAUAAAAACUUUAUUUUCUUUUAAAAACAUAUUUCUCUUGGCAGUGGUUUUUUUUAGUAGCCACAUCCGUACAACUAUCAAAAGUCAGAAGUCAUUAUAAGUAUUAGUAAUCUGGCUUUGACUGUUUAUGUUUCAAGAAUUAAUUGUAAAAUUAAACAGUUAAUUUUAAUAUCAAUAUUUAUAAGUAUCGUGCACACGCGAAACUAUAUUUUAUUGCUAUUUAUCGAUUAUUUGACGUAGGUAAUUAUAACAAAGCAAAGUAAAUUCCUUUGUGCGCAAUAGUCAUUUGUAUUCUGGGAUAUCAUCGUUAACAAUUAUUAUUUUAAUGAUGAAUUUUAAUAUCUUGGCUCUGGAAGUAUUAUUAAAAAUAAUAUAAAUCUGUUAAAACCAUAAACCAUUGUUAUAUUAAGAUAUUUAAGUUUUUUUAUGUUUAUUAGUUUCCCACUUAUCUAUCAAUAUCUUUUUACAAAUGUAAAAACGUCCUCGGCCUAGUAAUUUGUUAGUGUAAGUUUUUAAUUUAUUACAGCUAUAUUAUAUGUUAUAUAGUUUGCCUUUAUUAUUCCUACUCUAGUUUUAGUUGUCAAUGUAUGUUUAAUUAUAACCAGAAGUAUUUUAAUCUGCCUCAUAAAAAAUGAAAUUAUUGUGUUUUACU